AUGAUCUUAGACUGAGAGGAGGCGUGGACUGCCCCAUUCUCUUAAAUGUCAGCACUCAGAACAGAGCUCCAGACCGUAUUUUGACUGACUCCGAGUUCUGGAUCAUUUGGUUCAACCUAUUAUUAAUUGUAGUUUGUUAUGGUACACAAAGACCUUUGUGAACAUAGCUGCAGUCCAUGUAAAGAAGUCUGAACCAUUAUUAAUCUGAGGAUGACUAAAGACGCAUUAGCUGUCACUAUCGUGGUCUUGUGGCUGCUCUGCAAUCCGGCGAGGAUCAGGGGAACCGGGGGAUUUCAAGGCGCCAUUCCUCACCCAAAUAAAUACAGCCCAAACCAGUCGGAACAGUCACCGCAGACACCGCAGGCCAGUUUCAGGGGAACGGGACCGCCUUCAGUCGGGGACGAGGUGCUGGACUCCAGCCAGGAGGCUUUACACGUAACGGAGCGCCGUUACCUCAAACUUGACUGGUGUAAAACACAGCCGCUCAAACUGAUGAUCUACGAGGACGGGUGCCAGCCGCGCGCCAUCAUCAACCGCUUUUGUUACGGACAGUGCAACUCAUUCUACAUCCCUCGGCACGUUUAUCAAGAAGACAGUGCGUUUCAGUCGUGCUCCGUGUGUAAGCCAAAGAGUUUCACUACCGUUACUUACACGCUCUUUUGUCCCGGACAGACUCCCAGCACCAAGAAGAAGCGCGUGCGCCGCGUCAAACAGUGCCGCUGUACUUCUGUCGACUUGGAUUAAA